GGAAAGCAAACCUGGAAAAUUCCAACGAAAUCAAAAAUUGAUGAAAGGAAACUAAAGCUUAAUCCAGAUUUGGAAGAUAGUCUUUCAAAGAAUAGCUCACCAAUUGAGUUUUUCAAUUUGUUUGUUACAAGUGAAUUGUUGGACAUGAUCCUGGAACAAACUCAACUAUACGCAACAUCUCUGUCAAUAAACAACACCAAUGGCAAAGAGGUGGAUGAAAUCACGGUUGAAGAUAUUAAGAAAGCAUUUGGAAUUGUUCUGUAUAUGGGUAUUCUGAAGUUGCCAAACAGACGAAUGUAUUGGCAAAACAACACUAGAGUUGACAUUAUUGCGAACACGAUGGGAGUAAAUCGAUUUGCCAAGAUCAUGCAGCUACUUCAUUAUAAUGACAACAAUUUGAUCCCUGCCAGUAAAAGUGAAGAUUACAACAAGUGUUAUAAGAUUCAGCCACUUGUUGACUACAUCAGAGAAAAGUUCUUUGAAGCUGUCAUCCCAGAAACCUAUGUUGCUGUCGAUGAGCAAUUAGUCCCAUUCAAAGGCGCCAGUUGUCUGAAGCGUUAUCUCCCAAAGAAACCAAAAAAGUGGGGCUAUAAGCUAUGGGCCAUUGCUGGUGUUUCUGGGUAUGUCUAUACUUUUGAAGUGGAUGGAGAGAAAGGGAAAACUGGUCCUCCAGAUGGGUGGGAUGCACCAGAAAAGUGUGGCGAAAGUGGAUUUGUUGUCUUGCGCUUGAUUGAGAAGCUUGAAGAAGAUAAGCACAAACUUUUCUUUGACAACUUCUUUUCAAGCCCAGAACUAAUGGAAUAUUUAGCUAGGAAAGGUUUUUGGGCUUUGGCAACAUUGAAUGCCAAUAGGUCCAGGAAAUGUCCUUUACCUAGUGAAAGCGAGUUGAAGAAGAGUGGCAGAGGUUCUUCAGCACAAAAUGUAAAUAAAGAAAGAUCGGUUGUCGUAACAUCAUGGUACGACAGCAGAAGAGUCCUGAUGAUAUCCAAUUUUAUUGGAAAAGAACCAGUUGGAGAAUGUACCCGGUACAUCCGCAAGGAGAAGGCCACUGCAAGUGUUGAACGACCUGCUUCAGUUGAGUUGUAUAACAACUACAUGGGUGGUGUUGACAAGUCCGACAUGAUGUUGGCCCUGUAUCGCACAAAAUAUAGGUGUCGAAAGUGGUAUCAGCGAAUUGCAUUGCACCUGAUAAGCCAAUGUGCAGUGAAUGCGUGGAUCAUAUACAAGGAGAUGGGAGGAUUAAAAAGCUACUUGGAUUUCCUCACUGAAAUUUGUGUCACCCUCAUGGUCGGAAAGCCACAGAGCGACGACUCGGACGAAGAUCAGCCUGAACCACCGCCACCACCAAAGAAGAGAAUGAAGGCAUCAAAUAUCCCAGAAGCUAUAAGAUAUGAUAAAUAUGACCAUUGGCCAAUUCUCCUAGACAUGCCCAAUGCACAGAGAUGCAAAAUGGACGGUUGCAAGAAAAAAACAAUGUUUAUGUGCAGCAAGUGCAAUGUGUACUUAUGUGUCACUAAGAGCACUUGUUUCUUAAAUUUUCAUGGAAAGUAA